AAAAGUAGUACUUGUGGAGUUUUCAUAGGUGGUGAAAACAUGAUGGAAACAGUAAUGAAGAUGAGAUUUAAAAGCUGUCUUUUCUUCCUAGUUACGGUGUAUUCAGGAAAACUCUUUGCAGAAGAUAAGCCCUGUGAUUUACCACACAUAGAAUAUGGAAAGAUUGCCCAGUACUAUUAUAGUUUCAAAAAUUACUAUUUCCCAAUGCGUAAGGGGAAAAAACUUUCGUAUUCUUGUGUGGUUGGUUAUACAACUGAAACUGGGACUCAAGAUGGAAGAAUAACUUGUACAGCAAAAGGAUGGUCUCCAAUGCCGCAAUGCUACACUGCCUCUUUUCAUUUAGAAAAAUGUAACAAGCCUCCUUUGGAAAAUGGCAUUUUUUAUGGUACAGAAAUGUACUUCAAAAUACAUGAGGAGCUGCAAUACAAGUGUAAUCCAGGCUACCAUACUCCAAGUGGUGGUACUGAAGAUGCAGUACAAUGUUGGCCAGAAGGAUGGUCCUCCCAGCCAAGCUGUACUAAAAAAUUUGAGUCCUGUCAAGUACCCGAUUUACAUCAUGGCAGCUACUUCACAUUCCAAAGAGAGCUUCAAUUGAAUGAAACACUGCUAUACAAAUGUGACGAGGGAUAUUAUACUGCAGGAGGAAAUAGUACAGAAGAAGCAGUGUGUCUGGCACAUGGGUGGUCCCUUACUCCAAACUGCACUAAAAUAACUUGCUCCUUUUUGAGCGCAAUAUCACAUGGAGGUUUCUAUCCUGUGAAGAAAAUCUACGAAGAGGGAGACGUAGUUCACUUUUACUGUGAGGAAAAUUAUUCUGUCAGUGAAUCUGACCUAAUUCAAUGUUAUUAUUUUGGAUGGCAUCCAGACCCACCAGUGUGUGAAGAUGUAAAAAAUAAAUGUCCUCCACCACCACUUCCUCCUCAUGCCCAUAGCAUCACAAUUAGAAGAACAUAUCAUAAUGGGGACAAAGUUCGUAUACAGUGUCAAGGUACCUUUGAAAUUAGAGGAUCAGAGGAAAUCCAGUGUGAAAAAGGAAAAUGGACAUCACCACCUAUUUGUAUUGAAACUAUGGGUAAACGGGGAUCUGAGGCACCACCAUCACUUGAGACAGAUACAGCAAUAGCGACGAGGAAAACAUAUCUCAACGAAGAUACAAAAAUGCAGCAAGACUGUACCUCUCCACCUGUAAUUAAAAAUGGUGUUGUUCUUGGUCCGUUAUUGACAAGAUACAAAAAUGGUUCCUCAGUAGAAUAUGGUUGUCAGCGUUACCAUGUUUUGGAUGGACCUAGUAAUGUUUACUGCAAACAAGGAAGCUGGACAGAACAACCAACCUGCUUAGAACCGUGCACACUUAAUGUAACUGAUAUGAACAGCAACAACAUAGAGUUGAAAUGGAGACAGGAAGAAUUAAUUUUCCUACAUGGAGAUCUUGUAGAAUUUGACUGUAAGCAGGGAUACAAUUUUUUCCAGACCAUAGUACCAUCUCCUGGGAGGACACAGUGUAACCAUGGCAGACUGAAAUACCCGAAAUGCAUUAUGCAAGCUCCUACUGAAAAAUGUCGGUCUCCACCUUCUAUUGCAAAUGGAGCUCUUACUCUGCCACCCCUUACCCAGUAUGACAAUGGUUCUUCAGUUCAGUAUAGCUGCUCUGACUAUCAUUUUUUGCAAGGAUCUGAAAGAAUCUACUGUUCUGAAGGACAGUGGACUUCACCACCGGUUUGUAUAGAGCCAUGUACUCUGUCAAAAAAUGAAAUGGAGAAAAAUAAUGUGCUGCUGCAAGCAUUCUAUAAUAAUCAAAUUUACUUUUACCAUGGGGAUUAUGUCGGAUUUUACUGUAAACAGAACCAUUUUGGAGCAGAAUCUGGUGCAACUUUAUUUCAAGUACAGUGUAAGAGGGGACAGCUGGUGUACCCAAGAUGUGUGGAAGGAAGAAGAGCAGCCUGUGAAAACCCACCUCCCGUUGACUUUGGAGAAAUUGUGGAUGAGCUUAAAUCAGGAUAUGAGGAAAGUGACAGAGUGCAGUAUGUGUGCAACCCUGGAUACACUUUAUCAGGAUCAGAAUGGGUAAUAUGCCACAAAAAUAUCUGGGUACCUGGACCACCACUGUGUUUGGGAUCGGUAACAGCAGUGCUCUGGAAUUCAAUAUUCUCUGUUUGUUGUGUUGCUGCACUAUUGUUCUUAACUGCUCCUCUCUUUUCAGAUGCCACCUGUGGAGCUGCACCUGAAAUUCCCAAUGCUCAUAUUACUAGUGCUCAACAGGAGAGAUAUCUGCCCGGUGCUCGAGUGCAGUAUGAAUGUGAAAAGAAUUUUCAGAUGAUAGGUGGAAAUUAUGUCACUUGUACAAAUGGAGAAUGGUCACAAGCACCGCUGUGCAGAGAUGUGACAUGUGAACCUCCUCCAGAAAUUCCUGGUGGCAAAGUUCAAGGUGUUAAAAAGUCACGGUAUUUGCCUGGGGAGAAUGCUCGCUAUCAGUGCUGGCAAGGUUUUGAGAUGACUGGAGAUCCCACCAUAGCAUGUCAGCAUGGGACCUGGACAGAGCGGCCAAAGUGCAAAGGGAAAGGUGGGAAAUGUGGGCCACCUCCAGUUAUUGAAAAUGGAGACCUCCUUUCCUUCCCCAUGCGAGAAUAUGCCCAAGGUGCAGUGGUCAAAUACAAAUGCCCAAAUCUCUACGUCCUGGAAGGAUCUGAGAGUAUUACCUGUACUGACGGGCAGUGGACAAACCCCCCAGUUUGCCUCGUGGCCUGUACAGCAUCUGAAGAAGACAUGGACAGAAACAGUGUUGAGUUGAAAUGGAUCUUCAGAAAAAAGCUGUAUUCCAGAUCGGGCGACUUUAUUGAGUUUUGCUGUAAAAGAGGAUAUGUGUCAGACCCAGCAUCUCCCCCCUUCCGAGUACAGUGUGUAGAGGGGAAACUGGAAUAUCCACGAUGCAAGCCAGGCAAGAAUUGUACCAUAGAUGAGGAGAGUUUGGAAAGCAACAAGAUUCAACUACAGUCUUCAAGUUCAUUGAGGACCUAUCUUUCUGGGGAUUAUAUUUUGUUUGAAUGCAAAUGGUGGCACCGGCAAACGUCACGCCCUGAGACAUUCAGAGCAGCGUGCAUGGAUGGAGUGAUUAAGUAUCCUACGUGUGAACCAAGAUUUGGAUAAAUGGAAACGGCAUGAAGGAGCCCAGCUCUGGAAAUGAAAGAUCUCUCAACCAACCCACAGAUUUGAGCUCAGUUUUGCCUGAAGUUUCCUGUUUCGCUGUGCUCUGUUUGCAGUGUAGCCAAUGUUCUGUCUUGGAAUUUGAUUCUUCUUAAUCUUUUAUUGUUGGAUAAUUAUGUUUUCAUUUUUUACACAAUUUUAUGCCGUUUUAACAUUUUGUUAAUGUGUUUACAUUUUAUCCGUUUGAAUGGUUGUUCUUACAUUUUAUCUAUUCCGUAUCGGUCUCUCUGUUAUUUUCUAUUGACACUUGUGUCCUGAGACAGGCAGGCUUUGGUGGCCUCCAGAGACAAGAAUUAAAGCUCACAGGUAAUUUGA